AGUAGUUAUGCAAGUCAUACCUAGGUCCCAGUGUUAAAUAGUGUCCCAUGGCAACCACUUACUGGCUUUAGUCUCGACUCAAACACACAGAUGUACACAAAGUCUGUGUGACUCCAAAUGCAGACAUUCCAGCAUGGCGGUUCGAUGGUUGAUCAGAUGACAAGACUUCAACUAAAACUACUGGAGAAGAGACUGGAAAACCAAAAGCACAAUAUGGACGACAGAGCAGAGUCUGCCCAGUCUGCAAGGAGUUAUGAUGGACAGUUUGAUCAACUGCAGCGCGCACUGAGGCGAAAGCAGGAGUUGCUACAAAGACUCAGGGAGGAGCACAUGUUAGAAGACCUCCACAGACCUCACACCUGGGGAGGUACACGAAGGCAUCACAAGCCACACUUCUUCACGGCCCCUCAGCCACCACCUCCACCCCUCCCGCUGUAUCAGCCGGCCCAUGUUCUGACCUCCUUGCUCCCUCCGCCACCUGCUCCGCCACAGCCUCCACGCAUCAUCCAGCAGACUCUACCCCAGCAGCCUACCACCAUCAUACAACAGCUGCCACAACAACAGCCUCUGAUUACUCAGAUUCCACCACCUCAGCCAUACCCUGCACCACGCUCAGGCAGCAUCAAAGAGGACAUGGUGGAACUGAUGCUGAUGCAAAAUGCCCAGAUGCACCAGAUCAUCAUGCACAAUAUGAUGCUGAAAGCCAUCCCUCCUAUGGCUCUAUCACCACCUGGAGGGCUCAGUCACUGUUCCCCUUCGACUACAUAUCAUGGGCAGGAUAGUUACCAAAGCAACCCUAUUUUUGUAAGGCCAGAUGUCAAACCAAGGGGAAGCGCUGUCCAUCAUCAUCAUCACUAUGGUUCUAACCCUCCAGCACCACAGCUGCCUCCUAUCAGCCACCCUACAUGGCUACCAGGGGUGCCAUACGUGCCUGCAGGACAAGCAGGAGGACAUCUACCCUCCUCCUCCACCUCCAUACACCAUGCAACGGCCCCUUUUACACUCCCACCGCUCAACGUGACAGACCCUCUGUUGUCUCUGAAAUGAAACUGCAUGGACUAAAAACAACCAGAAACUUCACACAGAAGCACAAGCACACACUAAUAUGCAUCUAAUUGUGGAAUGACCUCCCUUUAUGCAUUCGACAAGCCCCUUCACUGUCCAUUUUUGAAAAAACGUCUUAAGACUCAUUUUUAUUCCUUGGCUUUUA